AUGAGCGACGCGCAGACUCAAGAGAACACCACAGCGCCAGCGGCGGACACAGCUCCCAUCCCAGCCGAAGUUUCCACCCAGAUGGAGAGCGCUGUUGCGACUCAGUCGGCCGAAUCGGUUCCGACGGUUUCAUCUGCAGCUCCAGCCCUGACGGACACCGCCGCCACGAUCAACGCGCCCACUUCCCCAGCUUCUCCCGAGACUGCUGCUGCCACUCAAGCUACUGCUACUUUGCCGCCCGAGGAGACUGGGAUUAAGGAAAAGCUUAUUUCUGAGCAGCAGACACCCAUUGCGCAGCUGUGGGCUCUUGCACAGUCGAUCGGUCAUCCCGAAAUCUGGGGCGUCAAUCUUGCAGAUCCGGCUACCCAUGUUCCAACACAAAUCAUUCUUCAGAAGUACCUUAACGCCAACGACGGCGAUCUAGCUAAGGCCAAAGAUCAGCUGCAAAAGACUCUCGAAUGGCGUGCAAAGACGAAGCCUCUGGAGUUAAUCAACAAGACGUUUAGCAAGGCUAAGUUUGAAGGUCUGGGUUACGUCACAACUUACACCGAGGAAGGUUCCAGCGAUCCGGAAGGCAAAGAAGUGUUUACCUGGAACAUCUAUGGAGCAACAAAGUCAAUCGAGAAAACCUUCGGCAAACUCGACGAGUUCUUGGAGUGGCGCAUCGCACUGAUGGAGCUUGCACUGAAAGAGCUUGAUAUUGGUUCUGCGACUAAGCCGAUUACCGAGAACUACGACCCAUACAAAAUCUUCCAGGUACAUGACUACAAGUCUGUCAGCUUCCUCCGCCAGUCGCCUCAAGUGAAAUCUGCGAGCACCAAAACUAUCGAGGUCUUCGCGCAGAACUACCCCGAACUGCUGAAGGAGAAGUUUUUUGUCAAUGUGCCUGCCAUCAUGGGAUUUAUCUAUAACUUCAUGAAGCUGUUCGUCGCUCCUAAGACUAUCAAGAAGUUUCAUCCCAUGUCAAAUGGCCAGAACCUUUCUCGCGAGUUUGGUGCUAGCAAGAUCACAUCCCUAGGGGAGAAACUGCCGCCAAACUACGGAGGUAAGGGUGCUUCACUCGAGGACCAGGGAAAAGGUCCACUCUUGGAGUAA